AUGACUUCCAUAAAAGAUGGUCUUGAUCUGAUUCAUGAUAGCAUUCUUGAAACUAAAGAACAGUAUCAAAAAAUGGAAAGACAAAUUAAUAGAAAAGGAAAAGAUAGUGAAAAAGGUAAUGAAAAAAUAGAUAACGAAAAACUGGAUAAGAAGCUGAAAAAUGAUAUUAAGAAAACAUCCAAAAAGGAAUUAAAACGAACUUCAAACAUACAAUUAGAAGCAGUUCAGAAAGAAGUAGAGAAUGAAGAGAGUGAUGGAAAAGAUAUUGCUAAAACAAACAUUGAAGAUAAUGCAGAACCAGAGUUUAAAGAAACACCUUUUGCACGAUACAAAGAUGAUCCCGAACUUGAAGAUCAUCUGAAAAGUCAAUUAAGGGAAGGUGAUCCAAUGUUGGCCUACAUCAGGAAAAAAAAUUUAAAGAAUCAAGAUGAAACUACUGAAAAUGUUCAAGCUUAUAAAGGUCCACCCGCACCACCUAACAGAUUCAAUAUUAAUCCUGGUCAUAGAUGGGACGGCGUAGAUCGAUCAAACGGUUUUGAGAAGAAAUAUUUCGAUAAUAUUGCACAGAGAAAGGCUUUUGAAGAACUUGCGUAUAAAUGGAGUGUUGAAGAUAUGUAAAAUUUAAAAAUAAU